AUGGGGGACGCGCCGGUGCCGGAGCUGAUGGCGGUGCUCGAUGGAGGCGCUUGGGAGGUGGGCGCGACUUUCGAGGGGUCCCCCGCGCCCCCCGGGCCCGUCCGCCUGGGCAGGAACGUUUGCUACGUCGUGCUGGCCGUGCUCUUCAACGAGGAGGACGCGCUGCUGCUGGUGCAGGARGCCAAGCCCGAGUGCCGGGGGCGGUGGUACCUGCCCGCGGGCAGGAUGGAGCCCGGCGAGGGCAUCGUGGCCGCGCUGCGGAGGGAGGUGAAGGAGGAAUCGGGGCUCGAGUGUGAGCCCCUCACGCUGCUGGYGCUGGAGGAGAGGGGCCCGGCCUGGAUCCGCUUCUCCUUCCUGGCGCGGGUGACGGGCGGGACCCUGAAGACCCUCGAGGAGGCCGACGCCGAGUCCCUACAAGCCACUUGGUGGCCCGGGGACCCGCGGGCGCUGCCGCUGCGCUCGCUGGACAUCCUUCCCGUGCUGGAGCUGGCCGCCCGCUACCGCCGGAGCCCCCCGCACCCCCCGACUCUGCCGCGGGAGCUGCCCUGCUCCCCGCUCUGCCUGCGGCUCCUGCUGCCUUUCUCCAACGCUAACGGCGACCUGUGGCUGCUGCUGGCCACCGGCGGCGAGCUCCGCCUGCCCGUGGUGGCCUGCGGGACAUCCCCGGCCGAGCUGCGGGCGGGGCUGCGGCCGCCUCUGCUGCGGCUGCUGCGGGACUGCCUGGCCUGGGAACCCCGGCCCGGAGCUCUGGGGCUGUUGGGGCUGCAGCACCGCGCCGGGGGUCCCGGAGGGGCUGACGGUGUCUGCUUUAACGUGGUGCUGAGCAUUCCACCGGGGAGCCAGCGGGACGAGCCCCCCGAGCCCCGCGACCCCGCGCUGCGCUGGUGGCCCGUGCGGGAGGAGGGGCUGAAGGGUCGCAUCCUGCACAGGGUCAGCGCCGCGGUGCCCGUGAGGAGUUAGAGACCCGAAAAAAAAAAGCCUGGAUUUUUUGGGGACGGGGGAGGAUCUGAGCGGGACACGGAGCCCGGGGGAUGGAGCCCGUGCUGGUCCUGCCCGAAGCGGGGAGCCCCGGGAUGAGCUGCCCGUGGAAUGGGGGAGCUGCGGGGCUGGGUUGUGGUUUGGGGGUGCUGAGAGUGGAAAUAAAAUAAACCCGGCUGCUGCUGCUGCUGCUGCUGCUGUUGCUUCCACACCUCUGGCUGUGGUUGGAGGUGGGAUAUGG